UGUCAACCCGCACACUGUUGGGAUCUUUACGCGUGCAUCUCUCUCUCGUUCUGGUAUCUCUUAGGGGUAACAGCACACUCAGUUGUCAAUUCCCCUGCCUCUCUCUCGAUGAGUGAAUACUGGGUCUCCAAGAAGAAGUACUUUUGCAAGUACUGUGAAAUCUACAUCAGCGACGAUGCACCGUCACGGCAGCAGCACGAAAACGGUCUCCGGCACAAGGGCAACACGGAAAGAUUCAUUCGGAGCAUUUACAAGGCCGGAGAGAAGAAGAAGAAGGAUGAGGAGGAAGAGAGACGUGAGAUGGCGCGGGUAGAGCAGGCUGCUCAGAUUGCUUUUGCGCAAGACGUCGGCGCAGGACGAGCGAAGCUGGCGGGAUCCUCAUCCUCCGCGCCACCCGCUCCUCCACCCCAGCGUAAACCACCUACGAAACCAUCCAAUCCCUGGGCUAAUUAUUCGACGGCACAGUCACUGGGCUACGAGGAUCCCGAUGCAGAGAGAAUUGCCAUCGCCAAAACCCAGGGCACAGCCGGCGCAUGGGAAGUGGUGGCACCUGAGGCUCCGGCUGCCGUCGCCGCUGACGCCGGGACAAAACGCAGUGCGGAGGAGUUGGGCGAGGAAGAAGCCCGGGAGUUCAAACUCAGGAAACGAACUAUAACAACUGGUUUGGGAGAAAUUUACGACCCUGGCGCUAUCACUAUAAAGCUCAAGAAGAGAGAGGAAACGUCUGAAGAGUCUCGCUUCACUCCUGCAGGUGUCGUUCUUCCCACUACUGAACCAGCACCGCCGGCAAUCAAGUGGGAGAAACGACAGUGGAAAAAGGUAUCGGAACCGAGCGUACUACCCAAUCAGAGCCCCCACCCGCAGUGA